GCGACCCGCAUCUUUUCCCCAAUCACCUAACAAGAUUCCACCACAACUCCCUACCGGCGAUUGCUACGCUCCAUUUUGACGACUUCCAUCUCACGCGAUAUUCUCAAGUGUCAUCUCCAUCCACCUAAUUUUAUCUAGGAGACUAACUACCGACCUCCCUAACCUACCUUGCCUUUACCUCUUUCAUUUCCCACUCGUCGGACAUCUCAAAUGGAUAUUCCUAGCCCCCAUGACCGACUGGAAGCCCAUUGCUUGGCUGCAGCAAAGCAGAUCGUUCCCGAGUGCGCUGCUAUCUUAAGGGGCGAUGUCAUCUGCGGGGGCGUGACAGACUGCGGCGAUCCUCUUGUUCAGCUCCUCCAGCGACAAGCAUCACAACUACUCACGUUCGCCGAGUGCCGAUGGGGUGAGGAUUUGGACGUAGAGGUGCCGAAAGCUGUGUGUGGAAAGGCACUGCUACUUAAACGGUUGAACGACCUCAUAUCCUCGGCAUACCGUAAGUCUUAUGCCUACACCUUCAAGGACCUGCCAGCGUGCUGGCACCAGCUGUACACGGACGCAAGUAUCCUGAAGUUUAGCGUACUGUACAUAUCGUGGGCCCCCGCGAGACUCUGGGGCAAAUGGCCGUAUGACAGAAACAGGGCAGAGAAACAGUUGGAUGACAUGAUCCAGACGCUCGAUCGCGCAAUCAUACUUGCUGGCGCAGCUGGGGAGAAACGGGGCAGGGUGUGGAUCGACAGAGCGUUGGCUCUCCUCGAGGAGGUCUGGCAGGUGUCGUCGCCCCUAAACAACACCCUCACCGCGACUUCCGCGGACGAGAGGCCACAGAAGAAACCCAAAACAUCAAAUCCCUGGGGCGAAGCGCCCUCUUUCUCGUCCCACGAACCCUUCACUCCCGAGGUCACCCACCCAGUCCGUCGCGUCCACGACAUCCCUCUCGAGGACUUCCAAACCUACCUUGACACCCGCGAAGCCGACGCUCUCGGUCCACUUCCGCUGGUCAUCACCGGCCUAAUCUCCGACUGGCCGGCGCUGACCACGCAUCCCUGGCGCAAGCCCAGCUACCUCCUCUCGCGCACCUUUGACGGCCGCCGCCUCGUCCCUAUCGAGGUCGGGCGAAGCUACGUCGACCCCGACUGGGGGCAGGAGAUCCUCCCGUUCGGCGCCUUCCUCAAACAGCACAUCACCGACCCCGACGACCCGCAAACCACCACCACCACCGCGCGGAAAACAGGCUACCUCGCGCAGCACCCGCUGCUCACGCACCUCCCCGCCCUCCGCCAGGACAUCCUCCUGCCCGACCUCGUCUACACCACCCCGCCACCCCACCCCAUCCCCCCCCCUCCAAAAGCACAAGCACAAGCACAAGCACCAGCCCAACCCCACCUCCACCCGCCACCCCUCGCCGCAACCCCCCCGGACGAGGACGAGGACGCACCAGAGCUCACCCCCGACCUCCUCCUCACGGACCAAGAACCGAAGCUCAACGCCUGGUUCGGGCCCCCGGGCACCAUCACCCCCUUGCACACGGACCCGCACCACAACCUGCUCGCCCAGGUGGUCGGGCGCAAGUACGUGCGCCUGUACGCGCCGUGGGCGGGGGGCGGGGCGGUGGCGGCGCAGGCGCGGGGCCGGGAGGGCGGGGUGGACAUGGGGAAUACGAGUAGGGUGGACGUGGGUGUUUUGGAGGGGUGGGAUGAUGGUGCGGUGGGGGGUGAUGGCCUGGUGGGGGAUGAUGAUGACGCGGUGUGGGAUGGGGGUUGGGGUGGUGAAUCGGGGGGUGAUGGAGGAGGAGGAGGAGGAGAAGAAGAAGGAGGAGAAAAAGGGAGGAGUGGUGGUGGGAAGGACGGUGGUGAGAAGGAUGGUGGUAAGAAGGAUGGUGGUAAGAUGCAUGGUGCUAAAAGGCAUCGUGUUACGAUGCAUUGUGCUAAAAUGCAUGGUGCGAAGAAGGAUGGCGCUGAGAAGGACAGCGCUGGGAAGCAUGGUGCUAAGAAUAAGGAUGGCGCUGACAAGCAUGGUACUGAGAAGCAUGGCGCUGAGAAGGACGGUGCUAACACGUCUAGUAAAAGGACCCACGUAUGGCCGAACCACGCGUGGGGGAGUAACCCCGUCAAGGUCGAGUAUGUGGACUGUAUCCUCAACGAGGGCGACGUGCUGUACAUACCCGUCGGGUGGUGGCACUACGUGAGGGGGCUCAGUGUGAGCUUCAGCGUGAGCUUCUGGUGGAAUUAG